AUGGAAGCAGGAGGCCGGCUCGCUGCUCUGUCGUUUCUUCUCUCUGUGGUGUUUCGCUCGUGUGUUUGUAAGAUAGAUCCUGCACAGGUACUGAAACAUUUUGGUCUAAAAUGUCCUGCAAAAAUACCGCCAUGUUUCUUCUUGAAAUAAUGUUGAAUAAGAUGAAGAUGCUAAACUUAAAAGGUGGUUAAAGGUGUAAAAUCAGCUUGAUUGUCGUGUUGAAAGUGACUUUUUGAGGCUUAAACCUCUUUUGUGUUACUUUGUACAGCCUGUGCAUGCCAGAAUGAUCUUUUAUGGGUCCAUAAGAUAAGACUUUGUAUGCUUCUGGGGAAUUCACAGUUUAAUAUGCUUCCUAAUGUGAUCAUCACAUGCUCAUGUAACCUGACACUUGAUUCAGGUGAAACUCCCUGCCCUAACUGGUUUCUUUGGCACAUUAUUAUCUUCCUUUUCCUCAGUCGCUCUGUAGUUAAGGCUGAACGCUAUGGAAAAAAAAAUUUCACAAUAUUUUUUUUCAUAUCAGUCGAUAUCGAUACAUAUCACGAUAAAAAAAAAUGAAAUUUAACAGUGCUAAUUGGUAGCAUGUCUUUUGCAAUACAAUAAGCGUUUCUCUGUUGCGCUAGAGAAAGCAGACAGCUUCACCUGUUGAAAUGCUGUGGUUGUGUGUUGCUGCAGCUAGCCUUGUGCAAUUUGGCAAAAAAAAUGAUAUAUACAUGGUACAUUUUUUCGUAUUGUCCGAUCUUGAUUAUUAUCACAAUUUGUUUUUAAACUGCCAGUUUUAAAGCAUCUGUACUAAAAACUGAAGAAACUAGAGAUUAGUCCAACAUUUUAUCAAACAAAUCUGUUGUGUUGCCGGUUUUUAAGAGCACCGACCGCUGAUAUACCUUACACAUCGGCGUAAUUUCUCAACGUCACUUUGGAGAUACCCAAACCACUGCCACACAACCGAUGACACCUAUUUUGCUGCCCUUAGCUCUGCGUUUAGCUUUCCGUUCUGUCAUUCUGUUUACUUCUUCGGCAACUUACAGAAGUGAGCAGGAUUGACUCUGAUUGGCUGUUGUGACGCACAUUUCCGCCAUGUUUGAUCAAGUAAAUAUGCUCACAGCUGAUCAUCGUGAUCGAACUGAAAUUUAUCACGACCAUCGAUCACGAUCAUAUAAUCGCACAGUCCUAGCUGCAGCCUGUUACUACGCAGUUGUUUGCUACUUGGUUCUAAUUCAGCACCUGAUUGGUUCAGCUACCAAAACAUGUCAGAACGCCGACUAUCAAGAAGUUAUUGACCAUGUUUUAUAUUGAUAUUCCUUUUUAUCGCCCAUUCCUAUCUGUAAUCAUCUUUGUCUGCCUGUCUGUGUUGUUUCAGAUUGAUCCUCUGUUAUACGAGGAGCAGCUGCUGUGGGUGAGUGGAGCUCAGGGGGAGGUGAACACCUACAGGAUCCCACUCCUCAGCUUCACUCCUAAAGGGAGUCUACUGGCCAUCACAGAGGGCAGAAAGUCUACAGCCGGUGAUGUGGGGGCAAAGUUCAUCGCUGUGCGGCGCUCCACAGACAAAGGCAGGACCACCGCAACACAGACACACAGUCAAUAACAAAUAGACAAACACGUGAUAACACAUAACUUGUAGACAAACACAGCCUUUAACCAUCAUGUGAUCUCAGUAAUCAAAUGGUCUGUUUUAUAAUAAAAGUUUCCUGAUGGCAAAAUAACCUUAACUAAUGUGUUCCCAGUAGACUUUUCGACGUUUUUGGACACAUUAUUUUUCAGGCCCUCAUUGGUGAUCAGUUUGCUCAAGGAAGAGGAGGAUGUUACAAAAUAUUUCUUCAUCAUCUUAGUCAUGAGUAAACUUUGUUUUUAAAGGAGUAGUCUUUUUUUCUUCUUCUCCCUUUUUCCUUUUCCAUUUUUUUUUUCUUAAUUAGAACAUUUAGUUAAGUUCUUAAUAUACGACGAUCUUUAUUUUUAUAACUGCAUUUUUGCACUUUGUCUGUGAUGCUGCUGUGGCAAAAAAUUUUCCCCCAUGUGGGAUCAAUAAGGAAUAUUCUAUUCUAUUCUAUUCUUUAAGGGGUCAAACGAGGUGCUUGUCAAUGGUGAGUGUAUUGCUGUAGAGUUGACACCAUACUUCUCAAUAACCAACUUUUCAGCGUGGUGGAAGCUGCAAACCUCAGCAGACUAAUGAUGUUCUUGAGGCCUCACUGUGCUGUACCUGCCAGCGUUACUUCUCAGAUGUAGCCUCACCUGACCUCCAAAGCUUCACUCUCAGUCAUGAGAGAAGCUUCUCACUAAUGCUACUCUUAUUACAGGUUCCUGGAUAUUUAGUGUAAGGCUUGUCAGCAGGUUGAGCCCCACUGUCUGGUAGACUGAUGACAUGUAAUCCACAUAAGUUAUUGUUUUAUUUUUCAUCAUUAAAUGUCUAUAAUUGAAAAAUAUAUUAAAAGAAAACAAAACAAAUACAACAAGAGUAACAGACACAUUCUGGAGAAACUUGCUGUUUUUUUUUUCAAUGUGAGGGUGUGUUUGUAUCAGUUUAGGCCAAAAUGAGUCUGAAAACAUUGUUGCAUCAAACAUCAGCAAAAAUCUAAUAUCAUGCAUCUAUACUUCCAAGUGUUUUCCACUUACAUGUGAUUUAUUCAGUAGUUUUAACUUGCAUAAAACUCUUAAAUCAGAAUGUGUCACAGCACAUAGAAAGUAAAAAAAUUACACACAUUUUUCAGUUUUCAAAUGGACCAAAAAUUGCUGUAUUUUGUUUUACUGUAAUCAAAAACAGCACAAAUAUUAUCAACAUCUACACAGAUCUGAUCACACAGAGAUUAAGAUUUAAGAUUUAUGUGUUUAGGAAAAAUUUAGGAAAUAAUGAUCAGUCUUCUCAAGAGCAAUCCUUUGCAGAUGUACAAAUGUAUGCAGAGGAUCAUUAUUAUAGUGACGCAAAUACACAUUUGAAUCUCAGCAUUAAGUAGAACAAACAAGUUCUGUAAUAUGCUGUGUGACAAGGGAACCUCUACUCUCUAAAUGUAUUAAAGCACAUGAAAGCUAAAAAAUGGAUUAUCUUACAGCAAAAUGUGAAAAAGCAACCAAAUGAUACAAAUGAAAACUGAAACUGAAGGAGAAGAUUCAUGAUUUUACGUGGUCUCUUAAAGACUACAGAGUCAAAAAUUUUGAGAUUUUUGUAUUUAUUGUAAAAGUAUUCAAAAUCAAGUUUUAAAUCCUGUCCUCCAUACUUCAGGAGCUACCUGGGCCCCCACUACCUUCAUCGUGGAUGAUGGACUACAGCCUGACGGCCUGAACCUGGGCGCUGUAGUGGUGGACGAGGAAGUGGGCUCUGUGAUUGUGGUCUACGCCAUAUGUUUCCACCUGUACCAGUGCCGCCCGGCCAGCACCAUGAUGGUGGAGUCCGUGGAUGACGGCCUCAGCUGGAGCAAGCCUAGAAACCUGUCUGUCCAGCUUGGGGUUAAAGCUUUCGCUCCGGGACCAGGCUUUGGAAUCCAGGUGAGAGAAGUAAAAACAGAUUAAUGUGGGAAACUACGAGUUUUAAUUUAUUCACUAAAUGGCUCAUAUUGGUUCAAUAGUUUUUAAUAAGGUUUAGAUUUUAGACCUUUUCCUGUCACAUUUUUCCUGUCUAGUCAACUUGCGGUUACUGUACUCUGAUACAGCUCUCUAUGAAGAGUCAGCAAUGACCUUCUGUGGCUUCUCCUUUUUGGAGAGGUUGUUGAUGAUCACUGACUGGACAGCUAUCUAGUCAGCAGUCUCGCACAUGAUUGUGGCUGAGAAUGCACUGAAGUAAACUAAGAGACACACGUUUGGACCUCGUAGUUUACAUGAAACGAGUCCAGAAUAUAUCAAACUUUAUUUUUCUGAAUAACUGACAGAAAAUUUGAGCUUUUUCUUGAUGUUGUGAUUUAUGGAAAGGGCCUGUUAUGUGUCCUACUGUGUCACCUUGACACAAUUAAAAAAAAAAAAGUUGUGGUUUUAUUGACUGAUUGAAAGAGGAAGUAUAUUUUGUGGAUUUUUCUGAUUAAUUUAGAGAAGUGAAAUCAGCUUUAUCUUAGUUUCAAUCCCAUCACAUUUGUCUCCCUGUUUCUCAAACUGGUUUUCAGUAUCUGACCUGUCACCCCCUGCUGCUUCACCUCAUAUUUGUGUUUGGGUUGUAGCCUAAUACUGGGUACAGCUACGUCAUGCAAUACAAUUACGCCACGUUCAAAUAUCAACAAAAUCAGCAUUGUUGGUUUUAAACCUAUUAAACCCUCAAAAUAGAAAUCUCUGGUAUUUGUGUUUUUCCAGAUAAGCUUAUCUCAGAUUUUGGCGUCUGUGAACCUGCAUGUUAGCCGCAUAGGAAGCUGACUGUGGUGCACUCAAAGGUUUGCACCAGCAGAAUCAUUAUGUAAUUCAAAGGGAGCUGCAAUUGUGCAAAUUAGUGGCUUAUUAUUCCUCAUACGCCGUCUGUGCUGAGCAUCUGUUCAAUUAUUAUGUUCAGGGUUGUCCGAGCCAGUUUUUGGGUUGCUGAACCUUCUGUUGUCCUGCAGCACACUUGUCACUCUAGAUGAUGAUUAUUGGUGGUUUUAUGAGAUAUUUUGUAGUAGGGAUUGACCUAUAUAGUCUUAGUUUAGUCUGUUCAGUCUAUUCAAUAAGUUUUAUGUCCUCAAAUAUGGAGCAACCACUAACUGCACUUUUUUAAAUCUAUCAUGUCUCAUUCUGUGUCCACAUUUUCUCAUAACUUUGUUUUAUAGAAGCGCUAUGAACCAGCAAAGGGGAGGCUGGUGGUGUGCGGUCAUGGAACUUUAGAGGGAGACGGGGUGUUCUGCAUCCUGAGCGAUGACCACGGACAGAACUGGUACAACGGUGCAGCGCUGAAAAGCAUCCCUUAUAACCAGAAGAAGAAAGCGAAGGACUUCAACCCAGAUGAGUGUCAGGUACGACGCAUUUGCUGUUUUCAAAACUUCUAAAAGUCUUAAACAAAAAGUGACACGCUUACUCACAAGUGUUAGAAGAAAACCUUUCAGUUACAGAACAUCACUGUCUUUCCCUUCAGCCGGUUGAGUUGACAGACGGCAGCAUCGUCAUCAAUGUGCGCAACCAGAACAACUACCACUGUCAGUGUCGUCUGGUGGUCCGCAGCCUUGAUGGAGGACUGUCUCUGCCUGUGGAGGGUCUGUACUUCGACUACACCCUGGUGGACCCUGUUGUAGCAGCUGGAGCUCUGCAGAAAGACGGGGUUAUUUACUUCACCAACCCAGCCAACGAGCAACACAGUAAGUACACAUGACAAGACACAGGCACAAUCUUUCCUCUGCUCUGAAAUGAUUUUUAUCUCUCUAACUGGCUGCUGGGAGUCAAAAGGUCAGUGAAUGAGUGUUCAUGAUCUAUCCUCAGGGAUCAACCUGACUCUGCGCUGGUCUGUGACGGAUGGUAAAACUUGGGACAAGAAAGCUGUGCAGAUAUGGGCGGGGCCAAGCGGCUACUCCUGCAUCACGUCCCUGAGCAGUGGUUCUGCAGAGGACCGGAAGUACAUCUAUGUUAUUUAUGAGAAGGGGCAUAAGGACUAUCGUGAAACUGUGUCAUUUGCUAAAAUCCACCUGUUUGGUGGCCGGUAA